UUGAAACUCGGGUAUCAACAUCACUCCACGAUCGACGUGGGAGGCCCAUCUUCUGCACCAUCACCGUCGCUGUACGCCACUACCCCUCCAUCGUGAGUCUUGGUAUCUCAUGAUGUCGCGACGACCAGCUCGUCUCCAUGACCAAAGGUGAGUGAGAAACGCCGCGCCGCUUCUGGCGUCAACAAACACGAAAAGGAGGCCACGCGACAGUCUACCUUUGGCAACAAUGCCUCGGCCACUCUAAUACUCUGGCGAGGGGUCACCUCUGCAAGCCACCUGGGGGAGGGCAACGAAAUGGAGACAAAUACAACCCGACGCCCUCGAAAGGUAAGAUGAACAAAGGUAAAUCAAGCACAAACAUCAACAAACACAGACAACUCCAAUCCUGGUCAAGGCUAGGUACACCUAUCAUUGAAACAAUCACAAACACAAGUCAACAAUGGCAUUCCUAUACUCAUACCCCGAGGUCGAACCAUAUCCAACGACCUAUGUCUCGCACACAUACCCCGAGAAGGGGAGCCACUUGCACCACCUACCUCUACCCUUCCUCGGGCACAAGGUCCACCGACUGUUCCACGACAAGGACCAGGAGGUGCACAUCCCCAAGGCCGACGUGAGAGAGACCAUGUCCAACUUCUACAUUGAAGUCGAGCUGCCGGGCAUCUCGGACAAGUCACAGCUCCAUCUGCGCUGGACCUCGAUGCGCACCUUGUUGGUCACCAGCAAGGUUAGCCGACCGGAGAUCCCGGAGUCGGAGCUCUUUGAUGUUCCCAUCAUUGGUUCUGCUCCUGCUCCGGGGUCAGACGCAACCACCAAACCGGAACUACCGCCCACCGAAAACAAAGAUGGUUCGCCGCCCGUCGCUGGUGACCAACAGGAGCAGCAACAGCAACCUCCAGCAGAGCAGGCUAAGACGGCAGCCCCUACGACCAAGAAAGAACCUCACCUCACCGUUCACGAGAGACAGAUUGGCGAUUUGAUGCGCGCGUUCAAUUUCCCCGUCGACGUGGAUCGGGAUAAUACUCAUGCCAAACUCGAUGCGGGCCUAUUGAGGAUUGUCGUGCCCAAACUGGAGCACGAUCAUGCUGAGCCUGUGCAUGUUCCGAUCCAUACUGAAGACGCUUAGGCGCCCGAACGUCAUGGCGAUUGUUUUACAUAUCUUAGCGGACGGGACUAGUUUGUUAUAGGAGAUACCAUGGGCGUUGAGAGAGCUAGUGCUCUUCCAUCUGUGUACGAGCUGGACACGUGGGUUGUGGGUCGGUUAUUGCCGAAAUGCACGCGAUCCGGUCAGGAGGCCUGUUGAGAGAGCCUUUAUGUUUCGGCCUCGGAGAACUCUUUUCCUUUUGCAGGAAUCUUUCGAUGCUGCUAGCCUAUUGAUUCUCAUCAAAUAUGUUCAUCAAACACUGCAGUUCAUGACUCGAAUCAAUUAUACUCUUGCUGAAGCCGUAGCAUUCGAUCACUCCCCCAGGCAGCCGUGAUGGUACGAGAUCCCAAUGCCAAUAGGGAAGGUAAGUGAUGAACUAUAACCAGCACCAUGCCGGUCGUAGUCUUACCAUUAAAGACUGUUGUUUUCUUUUUUUGAAACGUUACUCUUUUGAGGCCACGAGAUUUUCAUGAGCGUUUUAUUUCUUCAUUAUCCAAUAGGCCCUCCCGGCCCUUUGACUAUCAAGAAUAUGCCGCAGAUGGGCUAUUCGGGGGAUUAAUUAAUAACACAGCCUUCAGCUUUGUGAAGUAAUGCUGUGGCGUGGAUAACUUCCAUUAACACCUUUCCCUCAUUAGAUCCAAUGCGCCUGUGACUGUGGUUGAAAAAUUGGAGGGUUUGACCUUUUCGUCGGUUCAUUUUCAUCAUUCAAUCGUAAAAGCAAUCAGCCCACAUUUCCUCUUCCAGGAUCUCCUCCUCCUCGUCGGCCGAGCCGCAAUCUCGCUCGACCCAAUGAUGCUGGGCAAUCAAAUCGCUCUCUGGCCACCAGCUCAUGGGCACAUGCGAGUGGGACGAAUGUCGUCUGCGGCCGUGGUGGCCGACGUUGUGCGCCGAAGCGUGCUCAUGCUCAUGAUGGUGUACUGUUGGCGUCGAGACCGCAAUGAAGCUAGGUCUCCGUUCUGACGAUUGUUUGUUGUUGCUGGAUGGUGACGUGGAUUUCAUGGCCGACUUUGUCUUGGCGGCUGCUGCAGCUGUGGCAGGAGGAGGCGUCGUCGUGCCAUCGGAUUUGGAUGUGUUUGAAGAUUGGACCUGGGCCUUUGGUGUGGUGGUGGUUGUGGUGGUGUGGGUGUGGGAGUGUGUUUGUGCAUCGUCCUCGGGUUCAAGUGGUAGGAACCCUGAGUCGAGCACGGGGGUUUUGUAUAGGAGUUCGGUGAGAUCGUAGUCGCUGUAGAAUGCUACACCGGCAUAAUCCUUGGGUGAGGGAUUCUCUCGUCCUGUGGUGUGUUCGGUGGGUGCUGUUUGAGAGAUCAUUUUUUUAAUGCUUGUGACUUUGAGGUUGUGUGGUGUUAUGGUACUAUUGUACUGGCACUAAUUUGUGUUGAUGUUGUAGUGUUAUGUCUGGGUGUUUGACCAGUGCUGGAUUCCACCCACCAGCGAGGUGAG